AUGGUUGGGGGAAUUCAUUGUGGUGUUAAAAAGGACGGUAAAUCAUUGGAUUUGGCAAUUUUGACAAAUACUCACGGGAAGUCAGCUGUAGCAUCGGCGGUGUUUACUACCAAUAAAUUCAAGGCAGCACCGGUGCAAGUUUCGUCGAAGAUCGUUAAAGAGAAAAAGGGAGAAGAGAUCAAUUCGUUAGUGGUCAACAGUGGGAAUGCUAAUGCGGUCACAGGAAGCCAGGGUAUGAAGGACGCGCAAGAUAUGAUCACGGUUACGGAUUCGGCAUUAGGGAAUCCGACAAAUUCGUCGUUGGUCAUGUCUACUGGUGUGAUUGGGAACAAUCUACCUAUCAGUAAGAUUUUAUCUGGAAUUCCCCAAUUAGCUGGUGGGAAUUUGGGUAAUACUCAUGAAGAUUGGUUAAAUUGUGCACAGGCAAUAUGUACGACCGAUACUUUUCCAAAGUUAGUCAGUAAACUGUUUGAGCUCAAUGGCCAUACGUACACAUUGGCUGGGUUGGCGAAAGGGGCCGGUAUGAUUUGUCCAAAUAUGGCCACAUUAUUAGGUUUUUUCGUAACUGAUGCCCCGGUUUCGGCUUCGGCUUUGGAUCAGAUUUUGAAGUUUGCCACGGACAGAUCGUUCAAUAGUAUUUCAGUCGACGGAGAUAUGUCCACUAAUGACACAAUUGUUGCCAUAGCCAAUGGUGCCGCCGGGGGCGAGCUCAUUGACAACACGGCUUCUAGUGCGGAGUCCUUUGGAAUAUUGCAGCGUGAAAUCACAGGUUUUGCUCAACAAUUAGCACAAUUGGUUGUCCGUGAUGGGGAGGGUGCUACCAAAUUCAUCACCAUCAGUGUCAAAAAUGCGUUGUCCUACGGUGAUGCCAAGAUUAUUGCAUCAUCUAUUGCCAACUCAUCAUUAUUUAAAACAGCAAUGUACGGAAAUGAUGCCAACUGGGGCCGUAUUUUGUGUGCUAUUGGUUAUUCACAAGUAAGUUCGGGAGAUUCCAUUAACCCAGCCAAAACGAACGUUUCGUUCAUCCCUUCGGAUGGUUCUCUGAAAUUAAAGUUACUAGUUAAUGGUGAGCCAGAAGUAGUAGAUGAAAAGAGAGCUUCGGAAAUUCUUUCUGUAGAGGAUAUCGAAGUUGAGAUCGACUUAGGUACUGGAGGUGGUCAGGAAUGUAAGUUUUGGACUUGCGAUUUAACUCACGAGUAUAUUACUAUUAAUGGUGACUACAGAUCUUAA